AUGGCCUUGACCGUGAAGCAACUCAAUUCAGACGCCUCUUUCCUUCUCUUGUUCGAACCGCUCCUGCCAUUGGCUGCCCAGGACACGGUCUCACCACGACCAUUCACCGUCCUGUUAGAUCCUUGGCUUACAGGCCCGUCAGAGAUCUUCCACAAAGCCAUAUCCGUCACCACUCAGAAGCAAGCACCAUGUAUCGCCUCAUUGUUGGAGCUACCCGAGCCCGAUCUCGUCAUAAUCAGUCAACAUAAGAGCGAUCACUGCAACGAGGCUACCCUGCGCCAGCUGCCGGCUCACAACACAAAGACCCUGAUCCUUGCAGAGCCCAACUCGGCCCGGCUGAUCCGGAGCUGGAAGCACUUUGACAACAGCAAGGUUAGGACAAUCCCUCGAUGGCAAGAUCCCCGCAUCACCGGCAAGCAGGCCGUUCUACGCAUACCAGUUCCUGCUAUCGCCGCUGGCGGACACAGGGGUGAGGUGACUGUCGCUUUCAUCCCGCAGAAGCAUGACAUCGCAGGCCUUCACGCCGCGAUAGGCAUAACGUAUCGACCCCCAUCGACACACAAUCUCACCAUUCAGCCUCGCCCCAGCUCGCAUGUUGUGACGCCGCCGACAACUCCAGGAGCGCUCAAGACUACAUUCAUUGACUCGCGAGGCUCCUUGACCGUCACGAACCAGUUAUUGUUGCCUCCGUCACCUCCAGCGUCCUCGCACUCGCUCAGGUCGUACCGAUCAGCAUCCAGCAUUAACCCUUUACCAACUUCGCCAACUUCACCAACUUCAACACAUUCAGCAGGCGACUCGUCCGUCUUACGAUCACGGCCAGUAUCGGCUCUGUAUUCCACCCAGGUGCUGAACAUUCCUUCAAAGGCCAACGCUCGUCAAUCAAUCGCCACGAUUCCGAGCACCGCCUCCCACUGUCACCCAGUAUCUCUCAUAUUUUCGCCCCAUGGCAUAUCGUACUCAGCAUUGGAGCCAUACGCCACAUCGCAUCUCGUGACUGAAGCUGCACUACCGCUUACAGCUCUUUUGCAUUGCAUGAACUUGGUUGACAAUCCAUGGUGGAUGGGUGGCAACAUCAACUCUGGUGCACCUGGUGGAGCUGUGAUUGCUGCGAAACUAGGGGCACGGGUGUGGAUUGGCGCUCAUGAUGGGGACAAAGAGGUCAAGGGCCUUGCGACCGGAAUGUUGAAGACGAGAAGUUUUGGCCUUAGCGAACUGCGUCAGGUUGUCGCUCAGGCCGCUCGCCCGGGCGUGCCUCACACGGCGACACCGCCACAAUCGCCUACGCGCGUUGAUGGAACGAAUUCGCAAAUGCCCGGCGAAGACCAGUCCGACACGGAGUGUGGUACUGAAAUCAUGCAGCUGAGUAGUGGCGAUGAGGUUCUUGUGUCUGGAGACGGACAAAUGCUGUGGGGUCCUGAUAUAAUCGACCAUGGCAGGGAACAUCUCAACCAAGGGCGUAAUCAAAGCUCACACCAAAGCUCACACCAUCCAUCGAGCGAUGCUGGCAAACCUGGGAGAAGUACUGCCGGCCACGAGUCUGCGUUCAAGACAGCUACCUCUUUAGGGAAAGGAGCUCGCUUGAAAGCCCGCGCAUCCAUGUCAUUCCUCACACAGAGGCUUAAAAUGUAG